AUGGGUAUGGGUUCCCAUUCUCUGUGGGUGAAGUUCACCUUUAUCGGAGGAGACACUCCAUUCCCAGAACUCAGUGCUAUAGUCUUGCUGGACGAUAUUCAAAUUGGAUACUAUGACACAAUUGACAACACGGUUGUGAAUAGAGGAACAAAGAAUCCUGAUACAGAAUCUGUCACGUUGAAUGAUGUCAAGCAAAUUUUUGAACAUGUUUUUGUAUCGCAACGUAUAACGGGAUGUGAAAUUUUGGAUGACGGUCAGCCAGGGAGACUAAUAAGUAGAGAUGCUUUCAACGGAGAGACUGGAGACGUUCGUUAUUACAAUCCACAGCUUAACACUCUGCACACUGACCAUGUGUGGCCUGCAGCUGUGUACAGCAAUUGGCCUUCCAACUUCCAUUUCCUGUACGAGCACCUUUACCACCCUGCCUGCAUUAGCAUGCUACAGAAGCAUCUUGUCAAUGAAAAGCAUCGAGUCCUUAAAAAAGUGAAACCCAAGGUGAGGCUCCUACAGAAAGAAGUUCAAGGCCCCACUGUUCUCCUGACCUGUCUGGCGACUGGUUUCUACCCUCGUCACAUCAACUUGACCCUGUUGAGAGACGGCCAGCCUGUGGAUGACCACCAGAUAACUGGGGGGCAGCUGCUACCUAAUGGAGAUGAGACAUAUCAAAUGAGGAAGAGCCUGGAGGUUAGCGCAGAGGAGCUACAUCAACAUCACUACACCUGCAGAGCUCAACACCUCAGUCUACCCAACAAACUGGACACAAAUUUGGGUGGACGCUGCCAGACAAAUAGCUCAUCUACUACAAACUCAGAGGAAAUGGAGGAAACUGAGAGCAUCACUGCAGCAGAGAAACACACCAGCCUUGAGACAUAG